UGGCGGAGCCUCACCUGUCCCCUCGCCCGGGAGAUCCAGGUUUGGAGGAGCAAGUCCAGCCGGCUUCUGUGGUACUUCCUCGUGGUCUUCACCGCAAUGAAGAUGUCCUUCAGCUCCAGACUCUCCCUGGCCGAGCCCCCGGCCGGCCCCGGGCGGCCCUUCCGCGCAGGCUGCGGGCUGCCGGCGAGGCCCCCGCCCCGGCCGCCCGCCCCGGCCCCCGGCCCGCCGCCCGGCUCCCCACGCCAGCCCGCCAGCCCGGGCACGCCGCUCCCUCCAGGGCCGGCCCGCUGCGGCGGGGGCGCGCUGGGCCCGGCGGCGGGCGGCGGGCGGCGGGGCGCGCGGGGGGGCUGCCCCCGCGGCAGCAGCAGCAGCAGGAGGGCGGCGACGCUGAGGGACAGCAGGAAGCAGGCCUUGCGGAGCCCCAGGCAGGAGCCGCUCAUGCUGCAGCCCCGCGGGCUCCCGCCGCGCCGCGCGGCCGCCUCAUGGCCCCGCGGGCGGGCGGCGGCUCCGGGCGGGCCGGGGGGCCCGGCGGCCGCGACUCUCCGAGGGGCAGCGACAGCGGGGAGCGGCCGGGCACCCCAGGCCGCGCUGAGCGGCCGGGGACACCGGCCCGGGCGGCGCGGCCCGGCGAACGUGGCCGGGCCUCGCGGGCGACGAGCCGCCCGCCCCGCCGCCCGGUUGGCGGCAGGAGAGGCCGGACGGGUCGCGGCCCCUUUAAGGGCUUCACCUGCCGGAGGGGCCCGGCGGCGCCGCGCGGCCCGGAAGUGGAAGGCGGCGCGGAGGGAGGCGGGGUCAGCCGGAAGUGGCGGCCGCGAGGGGAGGAUGCCGCUGCCCGUCCAGGUUUUUAACUUGCAGGGUGCAGUAGAGCCCAUGCAGAUAGAUGUGGAUCCACAAGAAGAUCAACAAAAUGCACCUGAUAUCAACUACGUGGUGGAGAACCCCACUCUGGACCUGGAGCAGUACGCCUCCAGCUACAGCGGCCUGAUGCGCAUCGAGCGGCUGCAGUUCAUUGCUGACCACUGCCCUCAGCUGCGGGUGGAAGCUCUCAAGAUGGCCCUGUCCUUUGUCCAGAGAACCUUCAAUGUUGACGUGUAUGAAGAAAUCCACAGGAAGUUGUCUGAGGCCACCAGAGAACUGCAGAAUACACCUGAUGCUGUCCCUGAUAGUGGAAUUGAACCCCCUCCUCUUGACACAGCUUGGGUUGAAGCUACACGCAAAAAAGCUCUUCUUAAACUGGAGAAACUCGACACAGAUCUGAAAAAUUACAAAGGGAACUCCAUCAAGGAGAGUAUCAGGAGAGGCCAUGAUGACUUGGGUGACCAUUACCUCGACUGUGGGGACCUCAGCAACGCUCUCAAGUGUUACUCGCGAGCCCGUGAUUACUGCACCAGUGCUAAACAUGUUAUCAACAUGUGCCUCAACGUCAUCAAGGUCAGUGUCUACCUCCAGAAUUGGUCUCAUGUUCUGAGCUAUGUGAGCAAGGCUGAGUCUACACCAGAAAUUGCAGAACAAAGAGGGGAAAGAGACAGCCAGACACAAGCUAUUCUCACCAAACUGAAAUGUGCAGCAGGCUUGGCUGAGCUGGCUGCUCGGAAGUACAAGCAAGCAGCAAAGUGCUUCUUGUUGGCAUCAUUUGAUCACUGUGACUUCCCUGAGCUGCUGUCCCCCAGCAAUGUGGCUGUCUAUGGUGGUCUCUGUGCUCUUGCUACCUUUGACCGUCAGGAACUGCAGCGGAACGUUAUCUCCAGCAGUUCCUUCAAAUUGUUUCUGGAGCUGGAGCCACAGGUUCGUGACAUCAUCUUCAAGUUUUAUGAAUCCAAAUAUGCUUCAUGCCUGAAGAUGCUGGAUGAGAUGAAGGACAACCUGCUGCUGGAUAUGUACCUUGCACCUCAUGUCAGGACACUUUAUACCCAGAUUCGAAAUCGUGCCCUUAUCCAGUACUUCAGCCCCUACGUGUCAGCAGACAUGCGCAAGAUGGCCACAGCUUUUAACACCACGGUGGCUGCUCUGGAGGAUGAACUGACUCAGCUGAUCCUGGAGGGACUGAUCAAUGCCAGAAUAGACUCACACAGUAAGAUUCUUUAUGCUCGAGACGUAGAUCAGCGCAGCACAACUUUUGAGAAGUCUUUGCUGAUGGGCAAGGAAUUCCAGCGCCGCGCCAAGGCCAUGAUCCUGCGCGCCGCCGUCCUGCGCAACCAGAUACACGUCAAGUCUCCUCCAAGAGAAGGUAGCCAAGGGGAGCUUACUCCAGCUAACAGCCAGUCCAGGAUGAGCACCAACAUGUGAAAACCUUCGAGCACUACCAAAAUAAAUGAUCCCUCGAUGACCAUACCCAGUGUCUCACCCACUAACUGCUGAGCUUCACAAACUAUCCCUGUCUCCCUCACUUUUUGCUAAGAUGAGAGGGCAGGGGCUGAUGAUGGAAAAGAUGAAUAUUCCAGUAACUUCAAUUAUCCUUGAAAAAAAAUUAUUUUAAAAACAGCAUCCCUGCAAUGGGUCAUCAUUUCCGUUUGGUAGAACAACUUCCACCUUUCUCCCUCUUCCACCACUCCAUUAAGAGAUGUCAGGUUGUUCAUACAGAUGCUGAUUUGAGAAUUUUUCAGCUGCUAUUAGUCUUGUUUCAAAGCUGCAAAAAUAGUUACUAUUAUGUUGAUUGAACAGGCAUGAUCUAAGAUGAAUUUCGCUGGCCUGAAAGUACUGCCUUGAUUCUGGAGCAACGCUGAGCUUUCUGUUUAUUCCAGAUACACUCACAAUUGCAUUGCUCUCAAUUAUGGAGCUAGAGUUCUGAUGGGAGAGGAGAUUUUCUUUGAGAAACUCUUAAUGAUUUUUCACCUUCACAAGAAAACUUGGCACCACUUCCAUGCAUUCAGUCACAGGCCUUUAUUUUAGGGUGUUGAUGUUUACCUGGAUCCAGGGUUUUUCUCUCUGGUCUCUGUUUUCAAAGACCUGUUUCCUGAUGUGUUUCCCACCUGUGCAUGACUUGGCUUUGGGGUCUGGUGUUAUCCUAGCAGUAAAUCUACUUCAUGCAAAUAUUGCUGAAGCUGCCGUUCUAGGUGCUUGCUCUCCAGUUGCAUAUAUUCUGCUUUUCCUUUUAUAAAGGGAUUAAAAGUGGCAGCUGAGGUGUGUACUCUGUGUCAAUGAAGGGAGAUACGCACUGAAUUUUCUGAAGUCACUGCAGCCUUGCAUUCAUCUAAUCCAUAAGGCAAGCUGAAAAUUUGGAUCCAGCCCUGACUGGUCUGGCAACUGACUACAGAUGUUACUGUUAAUGCUUUUUUGUUGUUGUUGGUUGGGUUGGUUUGGUUUUGUUUUGUAUUUUUUGUUUGUUUUGGUUUUUAUAGGUUUUUUAAUGUUUUAUCUAGUGCAUUAAAAAGCAGGAUUUAAAAGCUU